UACACCAAAAGCUCACGGCAACGACCAGGAUGAAGUUUUUUCUGCAUUGCCUCCAGCUUCUGCCCUUGCUGAUCAUCUUCAGCCUAGAGUCUCUCCUGAAGCUUUUUAUUCCUAAGAAGAGAAAAUCAGUUACUGGAGAAAUCGUACUGAUUACUGGAGCUGGACACGGAAUUGGGAGACUAACUGCCUAUGAAUUUGCCAAACUUAAAAGCAAACUGGUUCUGUGGGAUAUAAAUAAGCACGGAAUUGAGGACACAGUUGCUGAAUGCAGGAGACUGGGUGCGAAGGCUUAUGCCUUUGUGGUAGACUGCAGUAACCGAGAAGAUGUUUACAACUCUGCAAAGAAGGUGAAGGAAGAAAUUGGAGAUGUUAGUAUUUUAGUAAAUAAUGCUGGUGUAGUCUACACAUCGGAUUUGUUUGCAACACAAGACCCUCAGAUUGAAAAGACUUUUGAAGUUAAUGUACUCGCACAUUUCUGGACUACAAAAGCAUUUCUUCCAGUGAUGAUGAAGAAUAAUCAUGGCCAUAUUGUCACCACGGCUUCAGCAGCUGGGCAUGUUGGGGUCCCCUUCUUACUUGCUUAUUGUUCAAGCAAGUUUGCUGCUGUUGGAUUUCAUAAAGCUUUAACUGAAGAACUGGCUGCCUUAGAAAAAACUGGCAUCAAAACAACAUGUCUCUGCCCUAAUUUCAUAAACACUGGCUUCAUCAAAAACCCAAACACUGCGUAAGUUGAGACAGAAAGGAAGACAAAAGGGUUG